AUGAUGCUACACUCAGAAUUAGUCCUUAGUUUCUUAAUCAUCACAGUUUCUUCCAACCUCGCCAUUACAAUCAGAAAGGAAAAGAGACCUCCUCAGACACUCUCAAGAGGAUGGGGAGAUGAUAUCACCUGGAUACAAACAAAUGAAGAAGGUCUCUUUCAUGCUCAAAAAAGUAACACACCACUGAUGGUUAUUCAUCACUUGGAGAAUUGUCAGUAUAGUCAAGCACUGAAAAAAGUAUGUGCCCAAGAUGAAGAAAUACAAGAAAUGGCUCAGAAUCAUUUUAUUAUGCUGAACCUCAUACAUGAGACCAGCGAUAAGAAUUUAUCUCCUGAUGGGCAAUAUGUACCUAGGAUCAUGUUUGUGGAUCCCUCCUUAAUAGUGAGAGCUGAUAUAACUGGAAGAUACUCUAAUAGAUUGUAUACAUAUGAACCUCAGGAUUUACCAGUAUUGAUAGAAAACAUGAAGAAAGCCUUAAGACUUAUUCAGUCGGAGUUAUAA